UGCAAUUAGAUACCAUUAAAAAUAGGACUAGUUAUCGUUUUGCAUCGUAGUACAGAUCUUAAACAAUGGCCUCAACGUUCCGUGUUUUAAAAACAUUUUAUAGAACACCAAUUUUUCAAGAAUCAAGAUGGAAUCCCUUUCAACAAUCUAGCAGUAAAAGAUUUCUUAGUGACAGUUUAAAGAAUAAAUUUACAAAGUUUCAAAUUGAAGAUGGAAUACCUGUUUAUCUAAAAGGAGGAUUCGCUGAUAAAAUUCUAUUUGGAAUUUCAUCUACUCUUUGUGCUUUUGGAAUUGCAGAUGGUAUAUACUUUUUGUUGUCAAUGGCUUUUCCAAAGAAAGCAUAAUUUGUAAUUUUGAAUGUAAUAUUAUAGACUGAAGUUAGAAAAUAAAAUAUA